UUUUCGAUUGAACGAUGAUUUUUUUUUCUCAUCAAUAUUGAUUUUGAAAACCACAUGUAGAUGUAUAAGAAUCCGUUAUAUACGAAUGGAUUUACGCAUAGCAAAAUAUUCACAUGUGAUCAUCAAAUCACGAUUUAUGAAUUUUAUUUUUAUUUUUUUUUGUUCGAAUUUAAAAUCCAAAAUGAAUAAUCGUCUACAAUUAUUAUUGUCAUUAUCUCGAUUUUGUCGAAUGACAACCACACAACAGGUCAUACAAAGACGUAAAUUUGCCACAACAAAUUCUGAUGUUAAUCAUUCUGUACGUGAUUUAAGUUCGGCAUUUUUUCGAACUGAUACUUCUAAUCCAGCCGAACAUAAUGAUCUUCAUCAUGGCCUUUUCUAUCGGAUUCCAAACGAUAUUGCAAAUCGAUUAUUUUUGCUCGGUGGUUUCGAUAAAUGUCAACAAGAAACGAUAAAAAUAUUUCAGGAAACGGCCAUCAUGAUUCGAAAACCAGCAUUAGAAGUGAUUGAUUAUCUUCGACGAACCGAUUUCAAUAGACCGCCAAAUUCUUAUGUUCUUUAUGGACCAAUCGGUUCAGGUAAAACAUUUACAUUGAAUCACAUACUUCAUUAUGGUUUUACGCAAAAAUUCAUCUUACUGAAUUGUACACGACCAACCGAUUGGAUUAAUUAUCCACAAGAACAAACGGUAUCGGCAACCAAUUCGAAACGAAUCGAUACACCACUUGAUGCUGCUAUUUGGCUACAAAGUUUUAAAGCACAGAAUAUGUCAUUGUUGGAUGAAUUGAAAUUAACAUCAUUAAAUCGAUAUACAUGGAGUCAACGUGAACAUACUGAACCAGGUGAUCCGAUUCAAUCGAUUAUCGAUCAUGGUAUUAAUCGAAUCAAACAUGCAAGUGAUUGUAUGGCCGUUUUGCUUAAAGAAUUAAAAUUAAAUUCAGCUCAAGGUAAUUGCCGCUUAUUGAUCGUUGCGGACAAAGUGAAUGCCUUUUAUGAAUUAUCAAGACUUCGAUUUCCCGAUAGAACAUUUGUCAACGUUGAUGAUAUUACAAUAGCACGUGCAUUUAAAAAAUUAUUUCGUAAAGAUUGGCAGAAUGGUGCUAUAGUGGCGGCUGUUUGUAAAAAAUUAGUCGUUCCAUAUCGAUUGUUGCCGAUUUCUGGUAUACCGAAAAAAGAAAAAGAUCGUGAUCGUACAUACAAACAAUGGGGUCCAUUCACUGUUAAACAUCUUAGUGAUUAUCCAAAAGCCUUAUUAACCGAUCAAGGAUUUCAAGAUUUCGAUCCAUUCAUACCAAUUGAAUGUGGUAAAUAUGAUGAAAAAGAAUUUCAUAGCUGUAUGGAUUAUUAUCAAGAUCGUAAAUGGCUUCAACGAAUUGAAAGUAAAACUGAUGAAGGUCAAGAUGAAAUACGAUUCUUAUCAGGCAUGAAUCCUGGUCAAGUUUUUCAUCUUUGUAGUGAUAUUUAAAGAAUAUAGUGGAAAAUUUAAAUUCUUUAUUUGUAAAUAUUUCUUUUUCUUUUUAAAAAUAAUAUAAAACAAUUAACAAUUUUGA